UCAGGCUCCGUUGCGUGACACCUAGCAGUGGCUCAGCACAGGUGUCUGUACAGUACCAGCACUAGUAGCUGUCAAGGCAGUUUAGAUGGGAAGUGAGAUAGAAGAUGAAUUCAGCUGAAAUCACUGAUGAUGAUGAAGUAAAAAUUCCUAAAAAAAAUGUUGUGAAAGUAGAAACAGAAAACGAAGAUGAAGCUCUAGACUGCUCGGUAACAUCCAGAUCUGCUGAGAAACACUCACUGGAUGGCGCAGUUACUUGCCUACAGGAUUCCAACAAACGGAAACAGACCUCACUUGGUUGUGAUGGUUCAGGGAGCCAGCAAGAUGUCUUGCCCAGUGUGAAGAAAAGACGCUUUACACAAGAGGGCCCCCUUUCAAACAUGAAGAACAGAGAUACUGGCUCACCCACUCAGGUAAAUGCAGAGCAGCCAAACAAGAACAAGAAUCCGAACGUAACGUGGCUCUGUGAAGAAGAAUCCUUCAGUGACAUAACCACUCCAUCUUAUAAGAAACCUCUCUAUGGCAUCUCACACAAAAUCACGGAGAAGAAGAACCCACCAGGAGCAGAGCAGUUUGCUUCUUACGAGUUGUUUGAAAAGAUCAACCCCAGCAGUCCCUCGCAUCUUCGGACUUUGAACGACCAACGCAAAAGGGACUCGGCUGCAGCCAUUGCCGUAACAGCGGCCACCGCAGAUUCAGACCCAAAUAUUUAUUCUUUGAUACAGAAAAUGUUUUACACGCUUAACACCCUCAAUACCAAUAUGACUCAGCUUCACAGUAAAGUUGACCUGUUGUCUCUGGAGGUUAGCAGAAUUAAAAAGCAAGUCAGUCCAGCAGAGUCCGUUGCAGACUUCAAGCCUCCCCCGGAGUACCAGCUGACUUCUGCGGAGCUCAAACAAAUCAUGGAUCAAAGCACGUCAGGCGGAGACCUUGCUUGCCGGCUGCUAGUGCAGCUCUUCCCAGAGCUCUUCAGCGACGAUGAGUUCAGCAGAAGCUGCAGUGCAUGCGGCUUUCUUAACAAAAGGAAACUUGAAUCUCUUCAUCUGCAGCUUAUCCGUAACUAUGUGGAAGUUUGCUAUCCUUCUGUGAAGAAUACAGCUGUGUGGCAGGUGGAGUGUUUGCCUCAAGUCAAUGAUUUUUUCAAUAGAUUUUGGGCUCAAAGGGAAAUGGAAAACAGUCAGCAGAAUGUGCAGUCGUCCAGUUUUUAUGAGACUGAGCAGGUCGAAUCCUCUCAUUUUAUGGAGGAUAAAGAGCAGGAGGAAGCUUUGUCCUUGGACAGGAGUAACGCCAUUGCCUCAGAUUACAUGCUGGAUGCUCAGGAUCUCAAUGAAUUUUUAGAUGAAGCUUCUUCUCCAGGGGAAUUUUCUGUUUUUUUGUUACACAGAUUGUUUCCGGAACUCUUCGACCACAGAAAAUUAGCUGAAAGGUACAGCUGCUUCGGAGACUCUGGAAAACAAUUGCUGGAUCCUCAUCGGCUUCAAAUAAUCCGUAGGUACACUGAAAUUUACUUUCCAGACGUGCAAGAAGAAGAAGCCUGGUUGCAGCAGUGUGUUCAGCGAAUAAACGAUGAGCUUGAAAAUACGUAUAUGGAUGGAAGUGAAUGUGAUCAGAUGAGAGACGACUGUUACGAUUCUUCUAGUUUACCAGAUGAUGUAUCAAUCAUAAAAGUGGAAGACAGUUUUGAAUAUGAAAAACCUGGCAGACGCUCAAAAAAAAUUUGGCUUGUACCCAUAGACUUUGACAAACUUGACUUCCCCCCUCCCGAUUUUGAUGUCCCUGUCCCGGAUUACCUGUUGAACAAAGAACAGAUUAAAAGCAUAUAUGAAAGCAGUCUUUCCAUAGGCAACUUUGCCUCUCGAUUGCUUGUUCUCUUAUUUCCUGAACUGUUUACUCAUGAAAACUUACGGAAGCAAUACAACUGUAGUGGAUCUUUAGGCAAGAAACAGCUCGACCCCACUAGAAUUAAAUUAAUUCGACAUUAUGUGCAGAUACUGUACCCCAGAGCGAAGAAUGACAGAGUGUGGACAUUGGAGUUUGUUGGGAAGCUUGACGAGAGGUGUCGACGAAGAGACACGGAGCAAAGGCGCACGUACCAACAGCAACGGAAAAUCCACGUGCCAGGGCCCGACAGGAGGGAAUUUCUCAGCUAUGCAAUAAACCCCGAGAGGUUUCGAGAAGAAUUCGAAGGGCCGCCGCUGCCACCAGAAAGAAGCAGCAAGGAUUUUUGCAAGAUACCACUCGAUGAACUCGUUGUUCCUAAUCCAGACUUCCCUGUGCCUUCUCUGUAUUUGCUGUCUGAUAAGGAGGUAAGAGAGAUAGUGCAGCAGAGCCUGUCGGUCGGCAACUUUGCUGCCAGACUUCUCAAUCUCAGACUGCAAUACAACCAUUCAGGUGCUUGUAACAAAAAACAGCUCGAUCCUAUCAGACUGAGACUAAUCCGUCAUUACGUGGAGGCGGUUUACCCUGUGGAGAAAAUGGAAGAAGUAUGGCAUUAUGAAUGUAUACCGAGCAUUGAUGAAAGAUGCCGGCGUCCUAACAGAAAAAAGUGUGAUAUACUGAAAAAAGCAAAGAAAGCAAAAAAGUGACAGGCUCUUUAAAUUCCUAAGACUUUGACCACUAAGUUAUUGUCAGGAUUAUGCUUUGGUUUAGACUGAGGGGCCUGUCGGGAGCUGAGGGUGCUCAGCAUCUAGGACAGUCAGGCGUUUUAAUGUGCGUGUUGCAUCUGUGUGGGCACCGAAGCAGUGGGAAGUGGCGUACUACAUUUGCACAUGGGUAAAGACCGUAAGUCAUCGGUGAUAGAGCUAUCAAUGACUCGCUGAGAGCAUGAUUUUCACUGGUGCAAAUACAUGUAUUGAAACUGUAUUACUCCACUCCCUAUUUCUGCAUCUUCCUCUUUUAUCACUUUCUAAUAAUCAAGAAUUUUUUUUUUAAAUCGUUGUGCUCUUCAGGGGCAGUUUUUCAUUAUACCCUUAUAAGCAGUCUUCUUAGUUAAUUCGGAGUUUGAAAUUUAAACUUAAUUUAAAUUUGAAAGUGCCAUGUUCAUUGGAAAUCAUUGGAAUAUUAGACUUUGCUUCUACAGUAAUUGCAGCUUCACGUUUGUUUUGUUCUUGAUGAUACUGAGAUACUGAAAAUAAUAAUACUGUGUCAAAGAAUGGGUCAGAAUGGUGUCAUUUGCAUUUUUGACUGUUACCCAGGUUUUAUUUCUAAAACCAAGAAUUAACUGUUGAAGAAUUGAGACGUGAGCAUAGACACAAUGUGAAUGGUGGUUUUUUUUUAAUUUUGAUAUCACAAGCUUGAUCCUGCCCCUUUGAGUUCUUUUUGUUUUGUCCAGUGUCACUGCUGGCGUGACUGAGGAUGGCUCGUCUGAAUAAAGCCAGCAGAACAGACCCAAACCUAUACCCAUGCAAUGUCUUGCCAUCGCCUGCUUGCCACUCUAUUUGUAAAAUAAUAAAGACAACAACAACAAGACCCGAAACAAGAACUUAGAAAAAUUUUAGACCUUACUUUCUAUCAAAAUCAUGAUUCCAAAGGUUUCCAGUAUUCAUUUUGAAUCGCAUAUAUAAAAAGUACGUGCAAAGAUUGGUUUUGUGAUGGAAUUCAGUGUUUCAGGGUCCCCGUGUAUGAGCUGUGGUAAUGUAACUUAUUCUUUGCGUGAAUGCAGCACCAGCUGGAUAUUUUGGGUGUAGGGAUAUUGAAUUCUCUCACUUUGCCAAAUUGAUUUAGUGUAAUUAGUAGCUAUUUGGAGGCAUAACUGUGUAUGUAUAACUUAGGUUCAUACGGUCAAGUUUGCAUCAUCAUGAUGUUCAAGUCUAACAAAAACCACCCAGAACCCAAUGUGAAUUUGCUGUAUGACUUGUCACUGGAGAGUGCUGCUUUAAAACUAGUUUUCCUCUUUUUUUUUUCUUUUUCUUUUUUUCUUUUAACACCGAUAGAAGUGGUGAGAGGGAGUCAGACUUGGAUUUUUAGGACAGUAAAGACAGUGAUCACUUAUUGACCAUCGCUGGAACAUCUUGGAGCAAUUGUCGAUGUUCUCUGUGGUCCUUUUUUGUUGUUUACUUAGAUGGAUCAUAGUAUCAAAUUUUAAGUCAGUUCCAGUGUAAUUUUCUAUUUUAGCAUUUGUAAGAAAGUACAAAAUACUUGAUAUUUUUACUUCAGAUUUUUAGAAUUUAUUGUUCUUAGAGUCAUAUUGAUCCCUUUCUUUUAAAAGCAAAACAAAACAUUUUUUCCUAAUGGCAAGAACUCAUAAAAGUAUUAUGUUAAACUGGGAGUAAAUCAUAAUAGAUCGUAGCAUUUGCUCAUUUUCCCCAUAUGCUAGCAACAUCCUCAAAGAAUGUAUGAAGAACGUUGUGAAUAUACUAAACAAUACACUGAUACUGUUUAUAUCCAUUUAAAUGUUUCCUGUUGGUUUAAAUAAUAGCAGACCAUGCACAAAAUGGAUAUCAGAGCAAAUAUGGCUAUAAUAAAAUGAAAACAUUUUACCAAAGAUAAAGAACUGAUGCCACAAUGUCUGCAUCUCAUCUUUCAUUUUAGUGCAUAAACUUAGCAAAUUGAAUGUAUCCGAAUCCAAGACUUUCUCUUGUAAUUGUAUGCUACCUAGCACCUCUGUGAAAUUUUUUACAUGCACUUUUAUGGGAGAUAUAAAAUGACAGAAAUUAUUAACAGCUGCUUAAUUUGUUGUUGCGAAUGGCUGGCCAGAAGGUAAGAAAUAUAAUUAUAUUUUCUUAUCUUAAUGUUGUACACAUUUCACCACUUAGUGAUGUCGAAGCUCCCAGAAGAAUUCAAUAUAUAUUAAACUUUUCUACAAUUGACAGAUGUUACUAGCUAGCAUGCAAAUUUGAGGCGUACUGGCUUUUACUGUAGAUGCUGACAUUAGGUCAAAAAAUCAGUCCAUAUUAUCUACUAAGUAGUGAAAAAACAAUUUUCACCUUUUAAAAUUACAUUUUGGAAAGUGGGUAUAGAAAGAUUUUCAUUGUUUUUUUCCUCUUAACUUCUGUCUAAUUGCUGUGUACAUUCCUUUUAUCUCACUCUUCACAACCCUUUCACGAUUCGUUUGUUUGAUUGUAUGCUUUAUAACUGAUAUCAAGAAAAUACAGACAUAUGAAGAGUGACAUAGUUCACUAGUGAAAGCUCUUGCAGUGCAUGUGAAGUACAGCCACUUCAUCCAGUUGGUCAGUCUUGUAAAUAAAUUAAAGGUAUAUUAUUUUCAUACAAGAGGAAUGUUGUCUGGUGAUUGCUUGAGUACGAGCAAGAUUUUUUUUCCUUUAAGGUCUGUUACUAAGAUCUGAGAUAACCUUAGCUAGUCAGACAAUGCAUAAAUGAAAAUACCCUGGUUUGCUGCAGCCAUUUAAAAAGAUUUUUCUGUCCUUCAGACUUUUUUUGUUUAAAAGAAUGAACUUGUCAUUUUGAAAGUGAGGCUAUGAUAGGAAGAUUGCUAGAUAUUGAAGCAUUUGGAACAUACAUAGCCAUGCACACACUGACUUCCUGUAGAUGAACGUGCCUUUCUACCUACGAGGUCAGUAAACCCUGUUAAGGUGACUAUCAAGUGUCUCUACUUCUUACAGUUUAAAUAUAUCAGCUUUGGGUAAGCAUUGAAUAGCCCACUUUUAACAGCUUUCUAAAAGAAAUAGUGUAAUACAUCAUAACUCUCUAUUUUUGUGUCUCACCCGUUUUCUACAAAUUAAAAACUUACUUAGAAGCUCUGUAAAAGACGUAAAACAGCACAUCAAAAGGGAAAUCGAGUUUAUUGCCUGUUAACUGCAUUCAGCUGACAGAAUCAACAAGUUUGCAAAUGAGAAAAAUCUUUACUUGAAGUCAACCACUUUGUUAUGCGUUAGCAUUGCAGCCACCAAAGUGUUUCAUGUUCUAGGAAAUGUUUGUGACUGGUUUUUCUUAUCUUCAAAAUGCAUAUAAUUUAUUUCUAGAUACAUGUUUUUUAAAUCUGCCAUUUGUCUCUUUUCAAUUAUUGUUUGAUAUUUAUAUUAUGUUAUAGCAGUGAGAAACAGAGAAUUGUGUGCUCAACGCUCUACAAAGGCACACCAGGUCUAAUUUCAUGCUGGAAGGGGCUAACAUGAAUUCCACAGCCCCAAGAAGCACAAAAUAACAUGCAGGUUUUAUGCAUAAUUUAUUUUUAUUCAGAUUUUGUUUCACUGAUUAAAGGGAUGUGAAACAGCUGGAAAAUUCAAUGUCUUAAGCUCGCCUGUAUUGAGGAUGGGGCGUAAAUUGACAAGUGUUCUUACUUAGAAUGCACAUUUUAGUUGAUUGCACUUAAAAUCUGUGGGAGAACAAGUGUGGUUCAUAGGUUCAUGCCUAUGAUUUUUCUGAGUAAAUCAAACUCCAUCACUGCCAUUGCCAAAAUUUCUUCGCUUCCGCGGUUUGACUUUCCGAUUUUUUCCAUUGUUACUGCAACUCAGUUGGCACCAACGUAGUUACGGGUUUUUUCUCAGAACAUGCUGAAAACAUCUGUUUAAAUGUGCUUGAAGUUGUUUAAAAUGAAUAACUGAAGUGGUGGUUUAGUUCCUUCUCUUAAUUCUCUCUUACGAUUGUCUUUGCUAAGAUAGAUAAACGAAUGGGGAUUUCUUUCUUUUUCUAUCUUCAUUCUUUCGUACCUACUUUUUUGUCCUAGUAAAUAUUAAGAUAGAUAAAUUUCUAGCAGUAACAGUGCUUUCAAAAUCCUCAUUUUACCCCCUCCAUUAUAAAAGUCAUUCAUCUACACUUCUCACUGGUAGCGAUAGUUUUAAUUUCUUACAGAAAUUUCUUACAGAAUACAUAAUAUUCAUCAUUAUCUUUGUCACAGCUCAUAUAAAUCCUGUUUUGAGAGGUCAUCUGUCCUGCAGCAGAGCACUGGCUGGAGGAGCUGCCCUGGGUUGGCCAGUCCCAGUGCUGGAAGCAGAUGACUCCUAACAAAAUCAAAACUCCAUCAUAUUCACAACAUUUUCCUUAUACCUCAUCUGAUUGGCUGGAGAUUAGCCCCUACGCUGUAUUAUUUUUAUCCAGCGUAUUCCUUUUAAUUUUUGUCAUUUUCUAGUUAGUGGCCAUAAAAGCCUGUGACAUGGACAGACCACCCGCUUACUCCAUUUCCUGAUCUGUUCCAUGAUGGGGCUUUGGUCCCCACCGAGCAUCUUUCUUUCAUUAGCAAUUCAGAAGAAGAACUUUGAUUCUCACAGGAAGGGAAGAGCUGUAAUAGAAGGGAAAUAAAGCUGUUCUG